CACCAAGCGGUCCACUACGUGAAACGCCCUUCACUGUGUGACGUGCCCGGUCCGGGUGUGCGCUCGCUCCUCCUCCAGCGUGCUGGUGGUGCAUGUUGUUAGUUAGUAGUAGGUCAUCACUUCUGCGAAGGAGACGAGUGCUCUGUCGGUUUCAGGGUGGAUGUUUCGGUUUCUGUCUUCUCUGUAGUAAUUUGCCUUACAGGCGCUGCAUGAGGAGCUUAGAUUGGUACUUUUAUCUCGAGUACCUGCGCAUCAUCAGGGAAACGCGCACCAACAACGACCCGGGCUCGGGACGAAGACAGUAUAACAGCCUCACCUGCGUCUGAAAAGAAGAAAACUCACAUCAAGGUUUUGUAAGGAUGGAUAGUUUAGCAGUGUCACCCGUUGAAAAUCCUCCUGUUGGGACAGCUUCGUGCCAGGUGCCCGUGAAAAAGCAAGCCGUGAAGAGACACCACCACAAACACAACCUGAAGCACAGGUACGAGUUUCUGGAGACGCUCGGAAAAGGCACCUACGGCAAGGUGAAGAAAGCCAGGGAAAGAUCCGGUAGACUGGUUGCCAUAAAGUCCAUCAGAAAGGAGAAGAUCAAGGAUGAGCAAGACUUGGUUCAUAUUCGUAGAGAAAUCGAGAUCAUGUCCUCUCUCUGCCACCCGCACAUCAUCACCAUAUAUGAAGUAUUUGAAAACAAAGACAAAAUAGUGAUUGUGAUGGAGUAUGCCAGCCAGGGAGACCUGUAUGACUACAUCUGUGACAAGAAACACGUCUCUGAACAGGAGGUCAGGCACUUCUUCAGGCAAAUUGUAUCAGCUGUGCACUACUGCCAUCAGAAUGGAAUAGUACACCGGGACCUGAAACUGGAGAAUAUUUUACUAGAUGGCAAAGACAAUGUUAAGAUCGCAGACUUUGGCUUGUCAAACCUCUACCAUGGUGAUGAAUAUCUUCAAACCUUUUGUGGCAGCCCUCUGUAUGCUUCCCCAGAGAUCGUCAAUGGACGGCCAUACCGUGGGCCUGAGGUAGACACUUGGUCCCUCGGCGUGUUGUUAUACACAAUGGUUCAUGGCACCAUGCCAUUUGAUGGAAACAACCAUAAGACACUGGUCCAGCAGAUUAGUACUGGAAACUACCAUAAACCAAGUAACCCCUCCGACGCAUGUGGGCUUAUUCGCUGGAUGCUUAUGGUAAAUCCGGAGCGCAGAGCUACAAUAGAGGAAAUUGCAGGACACUGGUGGCUCAACUGGGGCUACCAGCAACCUUUACUGUAUGAGAGAAAGAGCAGUACAGUACAGACCACUUCGUCAACAUCAAACUCUGCAGGGUUGGCCAGUAUUGCAAGUUGGCUACGACGAACAUCCAGGCCUUUGCUGGAGAACGGCUCGAAGGUGCGCUGCUUGCUUCGCUCACAGGCUAGUGGAGGGGAUGUAGUCAGGCAGCGCUCUCUACGAAGGUCAAGAAAGGAAAACAAUGUCUCUCAGACAGUUCAUGAAGAAAGCACAGACAGUCGUCCCUCAAAGAGUAUUCUAAAGAGACGCAACAGUGCGAAACAGAAAGUGAUGAGUGAAACUCCAGCUGCAGGUUUGUCUGAGUCAUCUAAUGCCCCUGUGGCCACAUUGCAGCCACGCAAAGGUAUCCUCAAGAAGCCACCAGAGCAAGAAUCGGGGUACUACUCCUCCUCUCCUGAGAAUAGUGACUUUGGCUGGGUACCACAAACCACAGUGCGCCCUGCAGGACCAACUUAUAAGAAGGGCAUCCUGAAGCACAAUGGGAAGUUUUCCUCAGGUGGACUGCAGGAGUUUGGCUCUCUAGACCAGCUGGCAGCUUCAUUACCCUGUGGAGGUGGCAGGUCAAGGCCAAAUGGGGCCAUCAGCGAGGACAGCAUUCUGUCUUCAGAGUCCUUCGACCUGCUGGAUCUACCUGAACGGGUGGGACAUCCAGCACAAAUGGGUAAACCAGCCAAGGCUAGCAUGAGAGGAUGUGUGUCGGCCGACAACUUGCUGGACAUCCAAGAAGAUGGGGAUGGGUUGAUUAGACCCUGGAGCUGCUAUGGUUCUGGAGUGGCUGACAGUGCUUUUUCCAUCAAUGACUGUGAUAAUGUAACACAGGCUUACAAACAGGCCAUGGUCAGCAAGCUGAAAACCAGUAAUGAGUAAAGGACAAUGACAAAAGAAGUGGUUU